AACGCGAAACAGCGACAAUUUCGAUGCCCUUCCCUCACCCACCUUUCUCCCCCCGCUCCCCAAUAUAUAAACCCCUAACCCCUUCACCGUUUUCCCCCACCUCGUCUUUCCCACAGUUUCCGAUCUCACUCGGCUCAAUCCUCUCCUCUUCAGCACCUAAUCCUCUCCGUCGCCUCACCAUGUCUUGCUACAAGGGCAAAUACGCCGAUGAGCUUGCUCGCAAUGCUGCCUACAUUGGCACUCCCGGAAAGGGAAUUCUCGCUGCUGAUGAGUCCACCGGCACCAUCGGCAAGCGUCUCUCCAGCAUCAACGUUGAGAAUGUUGAGGAGAACAGGCGUGCUCUCCGUGAGCUCCUCUUCACUGCCCCCGGUGUUCUCCAGUACCUCAGUGGCAUUAUCCUCUUUGAGGAGACCCUCUACCAGAAGACCAAGUCAGGGAAGCCCUUCGUUGAUGUCAUGAAGGAAGCUGGAGUCCUCCCCGGUAUCAAGGUCGACAAGGGCACUGUGGAGCUUGCUGGAACCAACGGUGAGACCACCACCCAAGGGCUCGAUGGCCUUGCUGCCAGAUGCGCCAAGUACUAUGAGGCUGGUGCCAGGUUCGCCAAGUGGCGUGCUGUCCUCAAGAUCGGCCCCAAUGAGCCAUCCCAGCUGGCCAUCAAUGAGAACGCCAAUGGCCUUGCCCGGUAUGCCAUCAUCUGCCAGGAGAACGGCCUGGUGCCCAUUGUCGAGCCUGAGAUCCUCGUCGAUGGUCCCCACGACAUCGACAGGUGCGCUGACGUCACCGAACGUGUCAUUGCUGCCUGCUACAAGGCCCUCAACGACCACAAGGUCUUCCUCGAGGGAACCCUCCUGAAGCCAAACAUGGUGACCCCUGGAUCCGACUCCAAGAAGGUGUCACCCGAGGUGAUUGCCGAGUACACUGUCCGUGCCCUUCAGAGGACCAUGCCUGCUGCAGUCCCUGCUGUUGUGUUCCUGUCCGGUGGACAGAGCGAGGAGGAAGCCACUGUCAACCUCAACGCAAUGAACAAGCUCCAGACCAAGAAGCCAUGGACCCUGUCCUUCUCUUUCGGCCGUGCCCUCCAGCAGAGCACCCUCAAGGCUUGGGGUGGCAAGGAGGAGAACUGGAAGAAGGCUCAGGAUGCUUUGCUCACCAGGGCCAAGGCCAACUCCGAGGCAGUGCUCGGGAAGUACAAGGGCGAUGCCACCCCUGCUGAGGGAGCUUCGGAGAGCCUCCACGUCAAGGACUACAAGUACUGAGCAGCUGAAAGGUCAGGUCCUUUGGCUUGGUCUCAGGGCGUUUAGCUGUUUUUAGGGCUUCGGUUGUUUCCCUCUUUUCUCCCUGCGAUUAACAUUUAGGUUUUGAAAAAUGAAAGAAACAGAAAGAAUAAGUGGGGUAAGCUUUUUGUUGUUGUUGAGUGUUUGAUCACUUUUGGGUCAGUUUCUUCUUCGGCUUUAAGGAGGCAUUUCUGUGCUUGUUAUGGUUUGCUUCUAAAAACCUGGUAUCUACAUUUCUGGUUGUAUUUACUAUUUUGUGGUGACGUUUGAGUUUAAUAGAGUCGGCAUCUUCUUUAAAUCAUUGCGCAGUUGCUGUAUGUACCUCUUACCAUGGCCAACCUUCUUGUGUGGAUUACUACUGGUCGCCGAGGUAUAACUAUAAGCUUUCAUUUCUUUGAAGGUUGAUUGUCGCUCUGGUUACUUGGUAAUAUCGCUACUGGUCAUUUUAGUCAUUGUUGUGCUUACGAUGAAUAUGUCACUCGUGUCCUUAGAGACAUAAGCUUUUGUUGCAUCGAAGGUUUAUUGUCGCU